AUGAACGCAUCUCAACAGAUUCAUUUCUCAUCCAACUGGAAAGUUGAGUCUGUAAUAAUAUCGGUCAUAUUCUCAGUUAUUUUUUUGGUUGGCACCGUGGGAAACUGUCUUGUGCUCGCCGUUCUCGUUCGAAACGGGCAGAUGAACACAAAGACAACCAACCUGUUCAUCCUGAACCUCGGGCUGGCGGACCUCUGCUUCAUCGUCUUCUGCGUGCCUCUUCAAGCUACAAUCUACACCAUGGACGAGUGGGUCUUUGGACCCUUUGUGUGCAAAGCUGUGCACUUUAUCAUCUACCUGACCAUGUAUGCGAGUAUUUUUACGCUGGCUGCUGUGUCUCUGGACAGAUAUAUCGCCAUUCGGUACCCCCUGCGCUCAAGGGAGAUGAGAACUCCACGUAAUGCUCUGACCUCCAUUAGUUUGGUGUGGGCUUUAUCCCUGUUCUUCUCCAGUCCAUACCUAAGCUACUACCAGCAGAUGGAUCUGGAUGGGGCCACCCUUUGCAUUCCAGCCUGGAACAUCGAAUAUCGCAGAGCCAUGGACGUAUGCACCUUCAUAUUCGGCUAUCUCAUCCCAGUCCUCAUUCUUGGCAUCACAUACGCCCGCACCAUCCGUUACCUGUGGACCUCUGUGGAGCCCAUGCAGAACAUGUCUGAAUCCCGCAAGGCCAAGCGCAAGGUGACCAAGAUGAUAAUUAUCGUGGCUGUUCUCUUCUGUUUAUGUUGGCUGCCGCAUCACCUGGUCAUCUUGUGCAUGUGGUUCGGCCACUUCCCUCUUAACCACACCACCUACGUCCUUCGCAUUCUCUCUCACACGGUGGCCUACACCAACUCCUGCCUGAACCCCAUUGUUUACGCCCUGGUGUCUAAGCACUUCCGCAAGGGCUUCAAGAAGGUGUUUGGCUGUGCCUUCCAUAACCGAGUUGUAAACCGGGUCCACACUGUGCAGCCGGCGCAGACGGAGAGCCUGGUGGAAGCUGCCUCAAGCGAAGGCUCCAAUCCUUGUGAGGGGUCAACCCGGGGUCGGCUCUGGAGCAAAAGUGGGAAGAAAAUGAUGACGAGUGCCUUCAUGACAUUUAAUGUUACAUAA